AUGGGUCUCCCUACUUUAGAGUUUAGCGACUCUUUUCUAGACAGUCCGGAGUUCAGAGAGAGACUGCAGUGCCAUGAAGUGGAGCUAGACAGGACCAACCGAUUCAUAAAAGACCUUAUUAAAGAUGGCAACAUGCUCAUAUCCGCACUUAGAGCGUUGUCUCUGGCCGUACAGCGGUUCUCCCAGUCUCUGCAGGAGUUUCAAUUUGAGUGUAUCGGAGACGCUGAGACCGAUGAUGAGAUAAAUAUAGCUCAGUCCUUGAAGGAGUUUUCCCAGCUCUUGAGCACAGUGGAAGAGGAGAGAAAACGUCUGAUUCAAAAUGCAGAUGACGUGUUGAUUUCGCCACUGGAAAGGUUUCGAAAAGAGCAAAUCGGGGCAGUCAAGGAGGGAAAGAAACAGUUCGACAAGGAGACCGAAAGGUACUACUCCGUUUUAGAAAAACACUUGAGUCUUUCAUCUAAAAAGAAAGAAUCACAGCUACAUGAGGCUGAUUCACAGAUGAGCAAAGACCGGCAGAUCUUUUAUGAUGCAUCGCUGCAGUAUGUCUUCAAAAUCCAAGAGGUCCAGGAGAGGAAGAAGUUUGAGUUUGUUGAGCCGCUGUUGGCCUUCCUCCAGGGCUUGUUCACGUUUUACCACGAGGGCUACGAGCUGGCCAGUGAGUUUGACCCCUACAAGCAGCAGCUGCAGUUCAACCUGCAGAACGCACGGAACAAUUUUGAAAGCACUCGCGCAGAGGUGGAGCGUCUGAUGAAGAGGAUCAGGUCAGCAGAGGAAGACUUCAAGGCGCCUAGUCCUUACACUAUGGAGGGAUAUCUGUACCUACAAGAAAAACGUCCUUUAGGCAGCGUGUGGACAAGGUACUACUGCACUUAUGAGAAAAGCUCCAAGAUGUUCACAAUGGGCAGCCCAGACCCCAGACCAUCCAACAGACAGAACGGUGUGGUGAACGGGGCUGCAGAGAUGUUAAGGUUACGCUCAUGUGUGAGAAGAAAAACAGACUCAAUCGACAAGCGAUUCUGUUUUGAUAUCGAAGUGAUGGAGAGACAUGGUGUCAUUACUUUGCAAGCUCUCUCUGAAGCAAACAGACGGCUCUGGAUGGAAGCAAUGGAUGGGAAAGAGCCGAUCUACACACUACCUUCUCUGCUCAGCAAAAAGGAGGAGACAUUUCUGAAUGAUGCUGGCUUCAACUUUGCCAAAAAGUGUAUUGAGUUGGUUGAAUCAAGAGGCCUUACAACCUUGGGCUUGUACCGAACUGGAGGAGUCAACUCAAAAGUACAGCGACUCAUGACCAGUGUUUUUUCAUCAACAGCUGCCUCAGACGUGCAGCUGGAUGCUGAGACUUGGGACAAUAAAACUAUCACGAGUGGUUUGAAGAACUAUUUCAGAUGCUUGGCAGAGCCUCUACUGACAUACAGGCUCCAUAAAGAUUUUAUUAAAGCUGCAAGGUAUGAUGACCUGAAACACAGAGUGAGAGCCAUACACACCCUUGUCCACAAACUGCCAGAGAAAAACAGAAAUAUGUUGGAGAUUUUAGCCAAACACCUCCUCAGAGUUUCCUCUCACAGCGAACAAAACAUGAUGACCGUCUCGAAUCUGGGCAUGAUCUUUGGUCCCACGCUGAUGAGGUCACAGGAGGAAACAGUAGCCGCCAUGAUGAACAUCAAGUUCCAGAACAUUGUGGUGGAAAUUAUUAUUGAAAACUGCAACAAAAUCUUUGGUGAGCCUCCCGACCUGUCAGCGCCUCUGCCUCAGGCUCCUUCCUCGCGCUCCACUCCUCGCAGAAGUAAAGCCAUCUGUCUGUCAUCUGGGAAGAGAAAAGCUCGUCUCUACCCUCCAACUCUGUGCCUGGCGGACAAUGACAGUGACACGUUCAGCAGCAGCCCCAGCACCACUCCCAUGGGCAGCAGGGAGUCUCUGUCCUCUCACUCCUCCGAGAAAAACGGACAAUCCCAGACGUCUCCUCCUUCCUCUCCUGCUGCUGAGUCCGGCCUGUCACUUCAAGCCAUUUCCUCCAGCUCCCAGAAUGACUCAAAAGAGCCGGGCCCGCCUCCUCCUAAGCCCUCCUCUCAGUCCUCCUUGUCCUCUUCCUCCUGGACGUCCUCCAAGCUCGGCCUGUCCCAGCUGCAGACCCCGUCAGUCUCCUCUGUCUCCUCUCUGUUCUCGAGCACAGACCGGACUCUUUCAGCUAAAGGCAACUCCACUGCGUCUCUGUCCUCGCUAAUGUCCCACCAAGAGCCCCCCCCAAAGCAUCUCACUGUGCGCAGAGCCUCUUCUUCUCGCGCCGCCAGCACAGAGACUAAAGUAACAGAGGAAACUGCUCCAACACCACACAGGACCUCCUCCUCUUCAUCCUCUUCUUCAUCACUGUUUCCAUAUCGACUCUCCACAUCCUCUUCGCUCACGUCUUUGCACAUUUCAGAAGAUUACAAAAGCUGCCAUGGUUCAGUGCAGAGCCUCAUGUCCUUGGACCCUCAGGAAGUGACACGUAAACUCCACAUGCGCUGUGCUUCGGACCUGAGUCACAAACUCUCUGCAGCCAGCAACGGAUACCAGAGCCCUGGGUCUCUAUUGUCUGUGCGAUCUCCACAGCGAGAAAGUUCAGUGUUUUCUUCAGCCUUAGACAUUUCAGGAAGAGAUGCUAAGGCUCUGUACUCAUGUGAGGCAGAGCACAGCCACGAGCUCAGUUUCCCACAGGGGGCACUGUUCACAAAUGUGUAUCCUUCUGUGGAGCCCGGUUGGCUUCAGGCCACGUACAAAGGAAGAACUGGUCUCAUCCCUGAAAACUACAUUUCUUACAUUUAA